AUGGACAGAGCUUUUGUUGAACAACUUCCAGUGCCAUGGGACAUGGAGGGUCCCAUGACACGAGAACUACUUGUGGACGGAAGCGUGAAUGGCAAAGCAAGAUUUCACUGUGUGGACCCUUGGCACGUGCUACAUCUUGGGGUUGGAAAAUCUUGGGUUGCAUCUGGUAUCAUGAUGCUUGAGAGAUUGAUAACGGAGUCUUCGAUGGACAAAAGGAUUGAAGUCAUUGCUCGAGAGUACCAGGCGUACUGCAAGCUUCACAAACUUGAUCCCGUUGUUCGAAAGAUCGACCUCAGUACGUUUGGCGGUGGAGGCUCCAAUGAGGCAAAUGGCAGUUGGAGCAAGGCUGCAGUGACAAGCAACUUCAUGUUGUUCUUACAAGACUAUUGCGAGCGCAGAUCUGCAGAGAUAGAACGCGAUGAGCGGCUACGAGCUUAUGGAACGGAGCGGAUCAAUUUCUUUAUGCGUGGGAUCUACAAGAAUGAGGUGUUCAUGGACAGUUCAACAGCUGCGGAGUUGAGCAAGGCUCUUUAUGAGUUUGUGCGUGCAUACUUGUUUGAGGCCAGUGCUGCUGCUCAGGAAGGUAAGUACGAGUUGGGCGAUGAGUACGUGGAACUCAAGGGCGACCUUUUGCAUGACGUGCUGGGCGGAUACGUCACGCCGGAGAUGGAGAAGCUCUUGGCUGAGGUGAAGGCCAUGCGCCUGUUGGACGGCUUGGUGAAUCGAAAGACCGGCGAGGUGGAAUUCAUCGAGGACGACCCUAAGCAGAUUGAGAUGAUCAAAACGGUCGCCUCCGUCUCCCAGGAGCAUGACCAACUGAAGCUCUCGGCGGAGGAGGAAGUGAGUCGAUUGGAGCAACAGCAGCAGCGCUGCGAGCGGAAGCUGAAGAAAGCCAAGGAGGAGAUGGAACUGGCGCGAAAGGGCCAAGGCAGCUCCUUCUUCAGCUAUGACCCGAAGAGGAUCCAAAAGCUGGAACAGCACGUGCGGAAGACGACACGUGAGCUGCAGGACGCCCGGCAGCACUUGUUGAGCUUCGAUGACGAGGUGGCACGUGCUCAGCGGCGCCAGGCGGCCCUCGACUCUUUGUCGUCCAACGCGGAGGGAGCGAAGAGCGCGGCGCAAAGCACAGCCCCAGUGGUGCGAAAGCCAGUAACGACCCAGUACUCGGAGUUCGCCGGGGACCUCCUGGACACGGUGUACGAGGUGGGCGAUGAGUAUGUCGAGUUGAAGGGUGACCUUUUGCGUGACAUGUUGGGCGGCUCCCUCGCCGGGGCGCGGACGUAUUUGGAGAGCCGUGGGGACCCCAACGUUUAUGACUCCAGCACUGGUUGGACGCCCUUGCUGAUGGCAGUGUCCAGUGGCCACACGCAGCUGGUGGAUUUGCUCCUGCAGUGCAAGGCCGAUCCGGCCAAAGGCGCCAAGAGCACCGGGGAGACCGCCGUGCACCUGGCGGUCUACCGAACCUCAGGUGAGGUGCUGCAGCAGUUGCUGAACUUCCGGCGUCAGUGCGUUCAAGAUGUGCGCCAGGACGGCUCCACAGCGCUGAUGCUGGCGCUCGAGCGGUCUCCGCCCAAGGUGAAGAUCGAGUAUGUCCGAUCCUUGCUGGAGAAGAAUGCGGACCCCAACGUGAAGCGCAAAGAUGGCUGGUCGGCGCUGGGAUUGGCCAUCCGUGCCAACAUGCGUCCGGCCACGAAGAUGAUGAUCGCCGUGGAAGGGAAGGUUCUGAGCACCGUGCCAGGUUCACAACUGACCCUGUGGGAGCUGGCGGAGCAACACAAGGAUCUACAAAAGCUCAUCAAGUCCAAGCUCUCCAGCAAAAACUUGGCCGAGAUUGAGAAACGCUGGCCAGGCACCUUGCUCCGGAUGCAAAUCGCUGACUGAGCGAAUAACCGGGUCCAUUGUGCUGGGAUCACAGCAGAACUCAUGUGGCUGCUCGUGACUUUAGCUCCAAACCCUUUCUGGACAGUACUGCCUUGCGAUGUGAGACUUCCGAACCUGGUCACUUGGAAAAAAUCAUGGAUGCAUGUAGAGUAUUUGACUUCAAGAACUGGUCAUCCAACGUUGGAUAUAUGCAUUGCCUGAAUUUGCUGGACAGGCAGAACUCUUUGCCUUGAGAGUUGUCCAAGUGGGACGCGCAUCGAGUGUCGGACGAAACAAUGUCUGAGUGGGAAACGGAUCAGCUCCAUGCUCGAGGCCUCUAAGACCUUACUUUGUGAUCCUGCUGGGCCUUUGAAGGGUCUUCAGUCUUGAGCACAGUGGAUGCGUGGUGUGGGCAUGGUCCUGAGCAGCUCGACGCGAGAUGAUCAGUAUAAUGGCAAAGGGCGACCUGAUUUCAGACCGGAAAGGUGGCGAUGAAGAGCAUCUCCCAUGAUAAUAUCCCAGACACUCCAUGGGACUGGC